AUGGAGAUUACGAAAUUACUGACCCGCGUCAAUUACAAGGUCGGCAUCAUUGGUGCGGGUACCAUGGGUGGCGCCGUGGCCCUUCUCUUCGCAGACAACGGCCUAGAUGUAUACGUCCACGACACUUCACACUCGAGUCUCGAGAAGGUGGCCAGCAAUGCACAAGCGGCCGGCCUAUCGGAGCGAGUUCACAUUUGCAAGGACUACGAUGUCUUAUGCCAAGGACUCGGUACACCCAAAGUCUUCAUGAUCAGCCUCCCCAACGGCCGUCCAGGAGAUGCUGUAGUCAAACAGCUCCAGCCUCAUCUGACAAAAGGAGAUAUCUUAAUUGACGCCUCGAACGAAUACUACGAACGCACCCAAUCGAGGCAGGAUAUUCUCCGCCCCCUCGGCGUCGCAUACAUCGGUCUGGGGAUAUCUGGGGGCAGCUUCGGUGCACGAAAUGGCCCUUCACUUAUGCCCGGCGGCGAGAAGUGGGCUGUGGAGCAGGUUCUGCCCCUCCUGGCAAGAAUUGCGGCCAAGGACGAUCAUGGCCGUCCUUGUGUGACCAACAUUGGCCCCAGGGGAAGCGGCCAUUUCGUCAAGAUGAUACACAACGGCAUCGAGCACGGUAUAAUGUCUAGCCUCUGCGAGGCAUGGGAGUUGAUGGACAAGUGUCUGAAGAUGACUGGUGAUGAGAUUGGCCAGGUCUUCGACUCUUGGCACGCUGAGGGAGAGCUAAGGGGCAACUUUCUCGUGUCAAUCAGCGGGCCUAUCUGCAGGACCAAAAGCCGUAUCGAUGGCGGUUCCCUUCUACACCAAAUCAGGGACGCUGUUGUCCAAGAUGCCAACGACUCUGAGGGCACUGGCGUUUGGGCCAACGUCGAAGCUGUGGCAUCCCAUGUGCCUGCACCGAGUUUGACCACGGCCCAUUAUCUACGACUUGCCUCAGCCGAUGUGCAUCAGAGAAGUGUUGUCAAUGCCUCGAUAGGCAGCUUCUCUCCCCAGCCGUUUGAAGUUGCGCCUGAUCAACGAGCCAGCAUUCUUGAACAACUACGACAGGCUGUCUACGUCACAAGUCUUGUCUGCUUUAUCCAAGGAUUUGACGUGCUGGAACACAAGAACCGACAAGAGGAUUGGGGUGUUGACAUGACGCGCGUGUUGGCCGUCUGGAGAGCCGGCUGCAUCAUCAAGUCUGAUUACUUGUUCGACCUCCUAGACGCGGCUUACGCUCAGGAUUUCAGCACGCACCUUCUGUGCAGGCAAGAAAUAGCGGAUGAGAUCAAGAAGUUCUGGCCUUCGCUAAAGGCUAUUGUGCUUGAAGGUCUCAAGGCCGAUGCGCAUGUGCCUUGCCUGAGCGCUACAUUGGAAUACCUCAAGUACAUUGGCGGCACCGACCUUCCAACCUGCUUCUCGGAGGCUCAGCUUGACAGCUUUGGAGCGCACGGGUUUGAUCUUAAAACAGAGCCUCUCAGGCAUUUGCUAAAGGGAAAUUAUCACGAAACUUGGUCCGGCGUCUAA